UUACAGAAAAGUUGAGAAAAACAAGUGGUUUAUACAGGGAUAUCGGAAGCCCUUUGAAAAUGACAGCUGUCGAGACGCAAGUGCAAUACAACACCACGUACACGGUGAUGACGACGAAUGAGUACAUGACUCAGGAGGACGACUGGGACAGGGACCUGCUGCUCGACCCUGCCUGGGAGAAACAGCAGAGGAAGACAUUCACAGCCUGGUGUAACUCUCACCUGCGGAAGGCUGGCACUCAGAUCGAGAAUAUUGAAGAGGACUUCAGAAAUGGCCUCAAGCUCAUGCUGCUGCUCGAGGUCAUCUCAGGUGAAAGAUUGCCCAAACCCGACAAGGGCAAGAUGCGAUUCCACAAAAUUGCCAACGUGAACAAGGCUCUGGAUUACAUCUGCAGCAAGGGAGUAAAACUGGUGUCCAUUGGAGCUGAAGAGAUUGUUGAUGGUAACGUGAAAAUGACUCUCGGAAUGAUCUGGACCAUCAUCCUCCGUUUCGCUAUCCAGGACAUCUCAGUGGAAGAGACCUCUGCUAAAGAGGGUCUGUUGCUGUGGUGCCAGAGGAAGACUGCCCCCUACAGGAACGUUAAUGUACAGAACUUCCACAUCAGCUGGAAGGAUGGCCUCGCUCUGUGCGCCCUCAUCCACAGGCACAGACCUGACCUCAUUGACUACUCCAAACUGAGAAAGGACGACCCCAUUGGAAACCUGAACACAGCAUUCGAGGUAGCUGAGAAAUAUCUGGACAUCCCCAAAAUGUUGGACGCUGAAGAUAUUGUGAACACUCCGAAGCCUGAUGAGAAGGCCAUCAUGACCUACGUGUCCUGCUUCUAUCACGCCUUCGCUGGAGCUGAGCAGGCUGAAACUGCUGCUAACAGGAUUUGUAAAGUCCUGGCAGUGAACCAGGAGAAUGAGAGGCUGAUGGAGGAGUAUGAGAAACUGGCCAGUGAGUUGCUGGAGUGGAUCCGUCGGACGAUCCCAUGGCUGGAGAACCGUGUUGCGGAGCAGACCAUGCGUGCCAUGCAGCAGAAGCUGGAGGACUUCAGAGAUUACCGCCGUGUGCACAAGCCGCCACGCGUGCAGGAAAAAUGCCAGCUGGAAAUCAACUUCAACACCCUGCAGACCAAACUGAGGCUGAGCAACAGACCCGCCUUCAUGCCCUCUGAAGGAAAGAUGGUUUCGGACAUUGCCAAUGCAUGGAAAGGCUUGGAACAGGUUGAGAAAGGUUACGAGGAGUGGCUGCUGACCGAGAUCCGCCGCCUGGAGAGACUGGACCACCUGGCUGAGAAGUUCAAGCAGAAGUGCAAUCUCCACGAGUCCUGGACCGCAGGAAAGGAAGACUUGCUGUCUCAGAAGGACUAUGAGUCUGCAUCUCUGAUGGAGAUCAGGGCUCUGAUGAGGAAGCACGAGGCGUUUGAGAGUGACCUUGCCGCCCACCAGGACAGAGUGGAGCAGAUCGCCGCUAUCGCCCAGGAGCUCAAUGAACUAGAUUACCAUGAUGCUGCUACUGUGAACGCUCGCUGCCAGGCCAUCUGUGACCAGUGGGACAACCUGGGCACUCUGACCCAGAAGAGGAGAGAUGCUCUGGAGCGUGUGGAGAAACUAUGGGAAACUAUUGACCAGCUUUACCUGGAGUUUGCGAAGAGGGCAGCACCAUUUAACAACUGGAUGGACGGAGCCAUGGAGGAUCUGCAGGACAUGUUUAUCGUACACAGCAUUGAGGAGAUCCAGACUCUGAUCACAGCUCACGACCAGUUUAAGGCCACUCUCCCAGAGGCAGACAAAGAGCGUAUGGCCAUCAUGGGUAUCAUAAACGAGAUCAUGAAGAUCGCUCAGACCUACGGCAUCAAGCUGUCUGGAAUCAACCCAUACACCAACCUCAGCCCUCAAGACAUCACCAACAAGUGGGAGACUGUGAAGCAGCUGGUGCCCCUCAGAGACCAGAUGCUUCAGGAGGAAGUUGCCAGACAGCAGGCCAACGAGAGGCUGAGGCGGCAGUUUGCCGCCCAGGCUAAUAUCAUCGGACCCUGGAUCCAAACCAAGAUGGAGGAAAUCGGCCAUGUGUCUGUGGACAUUGCUGGCUCUCUGGAGGAACAGAUGAACAACCUGAAGAAUUAUGAGCAGAACAUCAUCAACUACAAAUCCAACAUCGACAAACUGGAGGGAGACCACCAGCUCAUCCAGGAGGCUAUCAUUUUCGAUAACAAGCACACAAACUACACCAUGGAGCAUAUCCGUGUGGGCUGGGAGCAGCUGCUCACCACCAUCGCCCGCACCAUCAACGAGGUGGAGAACCAGAUCCUGACCCGUGAUGCUAAGGGCAUCAGCCAGGAGCAGCUCAACGAGUUCAGGGCCUCUUUCAACCAUUUCGACAGGAAGAGAAACGGCAUGAUGGAUCCCGACGAUUUCCGCGCCUGUCUCAUCUCCAUGGGCUACGAUCUGGGUGAGGUGGAGUUUGCCCGCAUCAUGACUCUGGUGGAUCCCAACAACACGGGCGUGGUCACCUUCCAGGCCUUCAUCGACUUCAUGACUCGCGAGACAGCUGAGACGGACACAGCCGAGCAAGUGAUGGCCUCCUUUAAGAUCCUGGCUUCCGACAAGUCCUACAUCACGGUGGAGGAGUUGCGCAGGGAGCUUCCCCCAGAGCAGGCCGAGUACUGCAUCAGCCGCAUGACCAAGUUCACCGGGCCGGACAUCCCUGCAGGCGCUCUCGACUACAUCUCCUUCUCCAGUGCUCUCUACGGCGAGAGCGACUUAUAA